AUGCUUUUUCUGCAAUUUCCAUUGCUAGCUGUUCUCCUUCCAGGUGGCAGCAAUGAAGAAGUCUUUCAGGAACCUGUCUCAUUCUAUCUCAUCCAGAUCUCAUCCUUUGCCAACAAAACCUGGGCACAAAAUCAGGGCUCAGGUUGGCUGGAUGAGUUGCUGACACAUGGCUGGGAGAGUGAAUUAGGCACUAUAAUUUUCCUGCAUGCCUGGUCCAAGGGCAACUUCAGUGACGCGGAGCUGAUGGAUCUGGAGCUGCUGUUUCGUGUCUACUUCAUUGGAUUUAUUCGGGAGAUUCAAGACCAUGCCAGUGCAUUGAAGUUGGAAUACCCUUUUGAGUUACAGGUGUCAGCUGGCUGUGAGCUGCACUCCGGGAGAUCCCCAAAAGGUUUCUUCCAUGUAGCUUAUCAAGGGUCAGAUUUCCUGAGCUUCCAGAACAUGUCAUGGGUGCCAUCUCCAAAGGGAGAGAGUAGAGCCCAGAAUGUGUGCAAUCUCAUUAAUCAGUACCAAGGCAUCCAGGAGACGGUGCAGAGGCUCGUCAGAAACUCCUGCCCCCAGUUUGUCUUUGGUCUCCUGGACGCAGGGAGGAUGGAUCUCCAGAGACAAGUGAGGCCACAGGUCUGGCUUUCCAGUAGCCCCACCCUCAGUCCUGACUGGCUGUUGCUGGUUUGUCAUGUCUCUGGCUUCUACCCAAAGCUUGUUUGGGUGACGUGGAUGUGGGGUGAACAGGAGCAACCAGACACUAAACAAGGGGAUAUCCUUCCCAUUGCUGAUGGAACGUGGUAUCUUUGGGUUAUCCUGAACAUGAUGACUGAGGAUGCAGCUGGCCUGUCUUGCCAGGUGAGGCAUAGCAGUCUGGGUAGUGAGGACAUCAUCAUCUACUGGAGCAACCACAUAUCUAUGAACUUCAUCUUGAUCCCCUUGGGAGUGAUACUGCCCCUGAUGCUUUUGAUAGGUCUUGUGGUGGUGUUUAAGAAGCACUGGUGA